AAUGAACUCACAAUUGCUUGCAACAAUGAAAGAAAUGAAACUGAUGGAAGUUUUACAAAGAGGAUUACAAGAGGAUAUUCUACAUUUAGUGUACACCUCACAUCCUAGAGGUCAAACAUUGGCAGAACUAUAUGCUGCUGCUAGGAAAGUAGAAACCUUGCUAAAACUAACUCAGAGAAAACCAAUCGCAAUGGUGUUCAAAUUGGAAGCUCAAAAGAGAAAAGAGCCCAAAAAGACCCAGGUGAUCAGAAAAAAUGCUUCUACAGAAACCCCAAAUUUUUGGAAUAGAAAGCAUGUACCUGACUACAAAAACACCACUAAAGAAAAGUGGUCAAACCAUAAAGUUCAAAAGUAUGCACCAUCUCCAACAAACAGGUAUUAUAAGAAAAAUCAACAAGGAAAGUUGAUCCUGAAAGAGGAACCUAAGCUACAAAAAUUGGACACAUUAGACAAUGACAGCAUGUCAGAAAAUGCCGAAGUUCAAGAUAUUCUCUGUUUUUCAGAUAGUGAAGAAUCCAUCUGUCAGCUGUGUCAAAGUAAACAAUCUGAGCAAAAUGCUUCAGCAUUUGUUGGACAAUUUGAAACUAACACUGGUAUUAAGAUAACUCAAGGAAAAGUAUCCUUCCCAGAACAAACUGUGAAAAAUGCUAGAGAUGCUUCAGGAUUUUCAGCACCUUUGAAAAAUGAUUUGGAUGACCUAGUAGAGAAGAAAGUGAAUAAUUUAAAGGAAGAAAAUCUGUUGAAUGAAAUUCUAGAAGAAAGAAGAUAUACUUAUCCCAAGUUCACUGAAUGCAAAACCUGCAAACAUUACGUUAUGGAUUACUGUCCAGGCAUAAAAGAUGACUGUUAUGAAGGUUAUGGUGUCACUAUAAUAACUCUAGAAUCAAAUGCACAAAGUGCAAUGAGAGAUAUUAUAACAGAAUGCCAUGGCAACAGUACUCAUCAUUCUUGUAUUGAAGAUGAAAAUCAAGGAUAUUGGACAAAAAAAUUUGAUGGAACUUGUUCAGAGUGUCCAUCCAAAUGCUUGAAAUGCUAUUUUAAAGAUCAGACUGCUGUGUCUCCAAUAUGCUAUCCUUCAAAAUGUCAAUUGAAAUAUGGUUUUGAUGAUGUCAGUGGCACAUGUUUCCAAUGUCCAGAUGGUUGUGAUAUUUGCAAAAAGAGAUCUGGUUUAUUGUACUGUCUGCAAUGUAGUAAAGGGUUUGGACCAAAACUGACACUAGAUGGCAAUAUUGAUAAAUGUAUAGCUUGCAAUCUUAUAGAGAAUUGUGAGCACUGUGAAGUGUUAUGCAAAAAUUCAAAUAGAAAAUGUACUAAAUGCCCAAUGUAUCCAAUCAAAUGUUCUGAAUGUAGAAUUGAUCCAAAUGAUGAUGAAAAUACAAUAUGUUUACAAUUUGCAGAAGAUGGAAGUUGUAAAAAAUGCACUGCUAAUUGUAAAAAGUGCUUAGAUGAGUUUACAUGUUUGGGAGAUGGUUGUAAAAUAGGUUUUAUUAAGGAUAAGCAUAGUGGAGAAUGUAUUACCUGUACAGGAAAUCAUGUUUUGGGGUCGGGUCAGAACGCCCCAGGUCAGUACGCCCCAGGUCAGAACGCCCCAAUUUUGGGUCAGAACGCCCCAUUCUUGAUUUUGAACGCCCCACUCAUGAAUGCAGAUUAUUGUAUAGACUGUUUUAAUAUAAAAAACAAAAAGCUAAUUGUUAAAAUAAAAAAGCUGGAAAACAAAAAAUCACCAACAUGUUCAAAAGUAUUUGGAAAUGAAACUGUUAGUGAAAGUUCAAGUUUCGAACAGCUGAGGUUAUCUUUUGACUUUGAAUCUAAUUUCCCUGAUGUUUCAAGUACUCCAGGGAAUAAUGGAAUGGAGAGUUGUGAUAAAGAUAUUGAUAUUGAUAAUGAUGGAAUUUCAAGAGAAGAUCAACAUCAACCUGCUAAAAUUGUUACAGAAAAUAGUCCAGUUGUAAGAAGAAUUGAUAUAAAUAAUGAAUCUUCUUUUAAUGAUACAAGAGAGCUUUGUCUAAAUGAUAAUUUAAAACAUGAUUUUGAAAUAUUUAAGAAUGGGAGCAGAAAAGGAAAAGAUAUUCUUCUUCACAAUAAUUUUACUUAUACUGUAAAAAGAUCAAGUGAAACAACCAUUACCUGGAAAUGUAGUCAAAGAACUAAAAAAUCACCAUGUCUUGCAUCUGUAAUUCAAAAAGAUUUAAAGUUCAUUUUGAAAAAUUCUAAUCACAUUCACAAAAGAGAGAAAAAUGAUAUGAGAAAAAUUAUUGAAGCAAGAAGAUAUCAGUCUGAAGUUCCAAGCAUUGAUGUCAUGAAAAGAUCUGCUAAUAGAUACAGAGAAGGUGCCAGACCAAAGCACCCAGAAAACAUUAUGUUUGAAUUAAAUUUAAAUGAAAUUCCAGAUAAUUUUUUCUUAAAAGAUAUAAAAGGGAAGAAAAGCCGAAACAUGAUGUUUGCAACUGACCAUCAAAUUAAAUUAUUGAAACAUUGUAAGAUAUGGUUUAUUGAUGCCACAUUUAAAAUUGUGAGAAAACCUUUUUACCAAUUGUUUACAAUUCAUGGAUUUAUAAGAAAAGAAGGUGAAUAUAAACAAGUUCCUUUAAUGUUUGUCCUCAUGACAGGAAAGAAGAAGAAACAUUAUUCAUUGAUAUUUGAGGAGUUAAAAAUCUUAAUAGAUGGAAAAAGCCCAAAAAAGUUUGUUCUUGAUUUUGAAAAAGCUCUUUGGAUAUCUUUAAAAAAUGCUUUUGUUGAUUCUGAUCUACAAGGAUGUGCUUUUCAUUUUAAACAAGCAAUUCUUAAAAACAUACAGAAAUUAGGAUACAUCAAGGACUAUAAAAUGAAAGGUUAUAAAGGAAAUGUGUUAAGAAAACUAAUGUGUCUAGCAUACUUACCAGCAUCAUUCAUCAAACAAAAGUUUUAUCAAAUUAAAGAGGAACUUUUGGAACUGAAUUUAUAUGCUGAUCUUCUUGAGUAUAUGCAAUCUACUUACAUUGAAAGCAAUAUUUGGAAACCAGAAAAUUGGUCAGUUUAUAAAUUAAUAGUUCGUACAAAUAAUAAUGUAGAGUCUUGGCACACAAGAAUCAAUCAAAAUUUGAAAAGCAAUGAAAACUUUUAUACUCUUAUCACUGAACUUCAUAGAGAAAGCAGCCUUAUUGAAGUUUAUGAGGAUAUGUUGGUGGAAAAUAAAAUGAGACAGAAUCAGAAGAAUAAAUAUAAAGAUUUGCAGGAUAUUAUCUUUGAGUUGUGGAAGAAGUUUGAAUGGGGCGUUCUGACUCAUGAGUGGGGCGUUCGAAAUCAAGAAUGGGGCGUUCUGACCCAAAAUUGGGGCGUUCUGACCUGGGGCGUACUGACCAGGGGCGUUCUGACCCUAAGCCGUGAAAAAGAAUAUGUACUUUAUGUAGCUGCAAUUCCAAAUGAAUGUAGAGGUAGUCAUGUGAUAGAAACUGUCUGCAAUGUUCUGCAACAGGUGAAGGGAAUUGUGAUGAGGGAAAUUGCAAAGCUGGAUAUUUUCUUCACAAUAAACAUUGUCAUACUAAAAAAGAAAAUUGUCUUGAGCACUGGUUUCAAGAUGGUCAGUUUGUAUGCUCCCAAUGUGAAAAAACUUAUAAACCCUCUAAAGGAAAUUGUCACAAAUGCCCUGAUGGUUGUAAGUAUUGUCAUGGAUACCUUUGGAGAUUUACCUGUAGUCAAGAUGGUUGCUUAG